ACGCGUCCUGCCGGCAUUGAACAAUGACGUUGGGCGUGCCGUAUCAACCUCCUUUUGAUCAGGCACGGGUCAAGGGAUAGUGCGAGACGGGGUGAAGCCAUCUACAUCUUUUACCACAUCGACCAUGGCCAACUCAGGCAGCGCGUCACCAGAGUUGGAGUUCUACCCACAGUUCUGCUUCCACCUGUCGCCAACAGCAGGUCGUUGGUGUCACUUGCAGGCAACAGACAUUGCAGCCUUGACAUUCAACCCGGGUUUCGAAGGCCAAGAUGUCUACUUCUACCUCAACCAUCCCAUAAAAUGGGCGCGCAUUGCCGGCGUCGUGGUCGCCAUACAAGAAUUUUCCCACAGGAUAAUCUACACCAUUGACGACAGCAGCGGUGCGACCAUUGAAUGUGUUGUCGCAACCCCGCCCCAGUACCCAGCCGUUACCAACUACAAAAACCCUAAAGACCCCGAUACCUCAGCCGAUGGGAAGCCUCUUCCUAAAACCGAUGGGCCAAUUGAUAUCGGCCACGUAAUCGACAUCAAAGGUGGUAUAUCCGUCUUCCGCGAUGUGAGGCAAAUUCGCGCCGAGAAGAUCACCCAUCUACGUACGACAGAGCAGGAGGCGGUAUUUUGGCAGAAGAUUGCCUUGCUAAGGAAGGAGGUCUUGUGCCGACCAUGGGUGGUUGAUCCGAAGGAGGUCAGGAAGCUCAGGAGGGAAGAAGAAGGAAGAGUCAAGAAAUCGAAGCUGACGGGGCUCGAGCGGGAAAGCAAGAGGAGGAAGCUCGAGGAAGACACAGUGGUGGAGGGAGAGGGUAGGCCAUCACGGGUCUCUCGCAAGACCGGUUUGGAAAAUGGCACGAAGAGCGGUGGUGUGCUGGUGGCGGAGGUGGCGACGGAUGGCCGCCACUCUCACCACCACCGGACAGGACUCGAGCGGCGAGCAACGACGAGGGCGGAAGUGCUGCAUCACGAGUCCGGCAGCCCUGACCGUCGUCGGCGGAAGACGGGAUUGGAACCGCGGCGUCCGUCGGUUGGUGAUGGAGGACGGCCGACAGCCCGGCUUAGGCAACCGCUGGAGCGACCAGAUCUUGAUGAGACGAUGUCUGGAAGUCACAGUCAGCUUAGAACUGGACUGGAACGACGAAGCACUCGGUCAAAAGCACAGGAUCCGAUACCUAGCAGUCUUCGAUCCCGCCAGACUGGCCCGGAGAAGACAAGCAUCUUGGAGGUUGCUGACCAUGAUACAGCUCUGAGCACAAGCCGGCUGACUGGUCUCGAAAGACGCAGCUUAUUGAGGAAAGCAGAGCUCGGGCCAGCAGUCCGUGAAAUCAAACACCGAAAGACUGGGCUGGAGAAAUCAAGCAUAUUGGAGGCCACAGACGACACGACGCUGAGCACAACAUGGCCAACUGGUCUUGAAAAGAAGAGCUCCCGAACGAUCGAACAGGCGCCUGCAUCUGCUUGUCGGUCCCAUAAGACCGGCCUGGAAAGGACGAGCAGGCCGAAGAGGCAAGAAAUGACAGAAGACGCCACUGUCGUCCUAGCUGUCCCACCACCAGACGGCCGGAAGUACCCACGACCUUGGUUCCCGAUCUGGAGGACGGUUACCGUCACUGCUCAGGGUCAACCGGCAGCUGCUACUGGUGCUUGCGUGGCGGUGACAGGAGAUUCGAGCUCUUCUACCGCCAGCAAGAGGAGCCACUCUAUCCCCUUUGGAUCGCCUGGGUGGACAACGGAACGUCCUUCGGUCAUCAUCAGCACACGUUCUGAUUCGGGAUCGGAGGCGGAGCAGACUAUCCAGGCCGUUUCCGAGGAGAGUCCUGACGGGGACACGACUCUCUUUUCGGACGAGACGAGUCCCGCUUCUGGUCAACAACCUGCUAGCAGCACCGGCUCGGGCGAGGUCGCCCCUGAAGUGACACCAACCCCUGAGGUUGUCACACAGCCAGCUUCUCCUACCAGCAGCACGCAACCAACAUCGACAACUGACCUCAGUGACACCAACACUGUCAGUGUCAUCACCAGUGUCAACCCCUCGGGAACGCUUCAGAUCCUGCCCACGGACGUUCCUAUCGAGUCGACCAACACGGGCACCAUUCCUACCGACGCUCCGUCGAGCGGGUAUCCUACCUCUCAACCGCUUAUUACUUCCCCUAUCCCGUCUCCGACAGAGCUCAUCUCUGCCACGGCGUCGGUUCCGACCGAUCAGCCGUCCGCACCCUCAGAAACGGUCAGCAUGAUUGUCCCCAACAUUUUCGCGGCGCCGAUUUCUACGGACCCGCCCCCGUCUCAGAUCCCCCAGAGGAAGGACCACCCCGCCCCUAGGAUCGGCAUCAAGUCGGCUGGUCCCAUUGGGACGAACAAGUUUUACAAUAAUUUCUUCUUGGGGAAUCAGACCUCGCCUAGUUACCUGUUUCCCUACAGUGUCACCUGGGCGAGGGGAGGUGGUGCCUCGGGGACGUGGGGCAUGGCCAUUUCGCAUGUCGAUGCUAGCCAGAGGGUGUAUGGGCAGAACGACCCUAGUUCGGGAGCGGCGAGGUAUUACAUUAAUCCUAUUGGGAUCCACUCGGUGUGCUUGAGCGCGAAGGAGCUCGGGCCGGGGACGGUGUUGACUAGUGACAACCUGACGGACUUUUCGAGCCUGGUGAGCUUGAGGGCGCGAGAGGGGGGCCAGGCGGUGAUCCAGUUCCCGCUGGUUCAGGGGGCGGGGUUCGUGACGGGGGUGUACAACGGGGGCCAGCCGGUGGUUCAGACGGGGAUCUUCUUCAAGACCGUGACGAGGGCGUCCAAGGAGGCGAAGGAGGGGGUGGUCAAGUAUAGACUGCAUUUGGAGGACGGGACGACGUGGUUAAUGUAUGCUUAUCACACGAAAGGGGAGGGGUUGAACUUGCAGGUUGUGAACAAUGGAAGGGCGGAGUCGACGGGGCCGUUUUAUGGCAUCGUUCAGGUUGCCAAGGCGAGCGAUGGGGAGUCGGAAAAGGUUUACGACCAGGCUUGUGGGACGUAUGCGGUGGGGGUUGACCUGAGCGGGGGGGUGAAUGGGAAGACGGGGACGUAUCGAUUUGGGUUUAGGAAGCAGGGGAUGUAUCAGAGUCCUGUCGCGCAGUUUGCGCUGCCGCAUCAUCUGAGUUCUUUCGAUGAUGGGACAAGGGGGAAGGUGACGGGGGUGAAGCUGCAGACGCCGACGAAGGGGGUGGCGUAUCUGGUGCUGGCGGACAGCUGGACCAUGGUGGAGACGGAGCUGCCAACGGGGGUUGGGUUUUUGCCUUGGAGCCCCGAGGCGGGGGAGGUGAAGGGGUUGAGCGAGGGGGUUAGGAGUUUUGUGAAGGGGGUUGCGUUGCAGGAGGUGAGCCAGGAUAUGCUGCAGCAAAGCGAUCAGAAUUCGAUGUAUUUCAGUGGGAAGGCGUUGGCCAAGUUUGCUAGCAUCAUCUUGGUUAUUCGGGACAUGCUUGGUGACGAGGCGCUGGCGUUGACGGCGCUGAACCAGCUCAAGCAGGCGUUCGCGCGGUUCGCCGAGAACAGGCAGCAGUUCCCGCUUGUGUACGAGGGCGGUUGGGGAGGCAUCGUCUCUUCGGCGAGCUACGUCACGGGCAACUCUGGCGCCGACUUUGGCAACUCCUACUACAACGACCACCACUUCCACUACGGGUACUUCAUCCUCACCGCCGCGAUCAUUGGACAUCUCGAUCCUUCCUGGAUCCCGGCCAACAAGGCCUACGUCAACACGCUGGUCCGGGACGUGGCCAACCCGAGCGCGGCGGACCAGUACUUCCCCGUGUGGAGGAACUUUGACUGGUACCACGGCCACAGCUGGGCCCAUGGGCUGUUCGACACGCUCGACGGCAAGGACCAGGAGUCGAGCUCGGAGGACACGAUGGCGUCGUACGCGCUCAAGAUGUGGGGGACGGUGAGCGGUGACCAGAACCUGGCGGCGAGGGGGAAUCUGAUGCUGGCUGUGCAGGCGAGGUCGCUGAACUCGUAUUACCUGUACACCGAGAGCAACACGGUGCAGCCGAAGAAUUUUAUUGGGAACAAGGUUGCGGGGAUUUUGUUUGAGAACAAGGUGGAUCACACGACGUAUUUUGGGACGAAUAUUGAGUAUGUGCAGGGGAUUCACAUGCUGCCUCUGUUGCCGCACACGCCCAUGGUGAGGAGGAAGGAGUUUGUGAGGGAAGAGUGGGAUGCGUACUUUUCGGGAGGGAGGGCGGAGCAGGUCACUGGGGGGUGGAAGGGGAUUUUGAUGGGGAAUUAUGGGACGAUUGAUCCGAGGGGGGGGUAUGACUUUUUUAGCGGGGGAGGAAGGGGAGGGGAAUUUAAGGGGGAGUGGUUGGACGGGGGGGCGAGUUUGACUUGGUAUCUGGCCUAUUGUGCGGCGCUUGGGGGGUUGUGA